AUGGGUGCGUUAUUCGUGGUUCUCCUGCGUACAUUCGCAGAUGUUCUUCACACUCUUUCCAUGCUUAUUUUACUUGUAAAAAUGAACAGAACCAAGUCAUGCUCAGGAAUAUCUCUAAGAUCGCAAAUUCUCUAUCUAUCGGUUUAUAUUCUACGGUAUUUAGAUCUGUUCUAUUUAAUGGUCUAUCCUCCCAAAAAGAUACCAUACAGGUUGAUAUAUAAUUCGUUCAUGAAAAUAUUUUUCAUAUCCUUACAGUUAAACAUUAUAUAUAAGAUGCUGUACAGUUAUUACUACUCGUAUGAUAAGGAGUAUGAUGAUAUGCCAAUAAUAUACAUAAUAGCAGUAGCGCUUGUAUCUGGGCUAUUGUUGUGUGAUACAAAAAUAUCCGCCCAUAUCAUUAGGGGAACGAUUGAGUGGCUAUGGGCUGCAUCUAUUGUGCUUGAGUCUGUAUCAAUACUACCGCAAUUAUCACUACUGCACCGAGUGGGUGAGGGUGAAAUAUUAACAAUUGAGUAUGUUAUAACCCUUGGAUUGUACAGAUUUAUCUAUAUGCUUAUUUGGAUCGGUAAAUUUGUGUCAACUGGCGAAGUAGCAAGUCAUUUACUUCUCUGGGGAUCAGUCGUGCAGUCUGUUAUAUAUCUAGAAUUGUUCUGGGUUUAUGCUAAUAGAGUUAUAAAAUCUGGACGGAAGUUUACUCUCAAGCCAAAAAAGUUCUUGCGCGAUGCGUUCUUAUAAAAUAAAUGUGUUUAUGCUGGG